AACAUCCCGACGUGUCUGUGUUUAUCUGACGGGCUGAGGUGGCUGCAGAUACUCUGAGGAGCUCGUGUCAGCGGAGAUGUUGGUAGGUGUGUUAGUUCUGGGCACCAUCCUCACAGCUUUACCAGGUACUCAGAGCAGGUGGAGUGUGUCGUUUUCCAGAAGAGUGAUCUGUGUGUGGGCAGGAACUACAGUGACUCUGCCCUGCCGUUAUGAAUACCCCUCAGGUCACACUGUGAGGCGCGUUAUGUGGUUCCGCGUUUCUGUUGAGGGUCGCAGGGAGUUUGCUCACCACACCGACCCAAACCAGAUCAGCCCGUCUUACCGCGGGCGCACGCGCUACACCGGGGGAACCUAUUCCAGCUGCUCGGUUCAGAUUCGGGGCGUGAAGCUGGGCGAUGCGGGCCAGUAUCACUUCAGGUUUGAGACAGACCAACCGCUGGGGAGAUGGACCUCACCUGACACCAUCACUCUGGAUGUAACAGACCUCCAGGUUCAGGUGCAUCCAGCUCGGCCGAGCAACAUGUUUGGAUUUGGAGAAACGGUCUUUGUAGGUUGCCAGGCCAGAGGAUGUGCCGCCCCAGGGAGAAGCUUGGCACUCUACAGGAACGGAUUGAACCUCGGCUCGUAUGAGAAAAAGAUGAUUAAUCGCUUUGACCAGCAGCACGCAGGGGCAUACACCUGCCGGCCAAUCCCACCGCAGAACGUCCAGUCACCAUCGAUCUCUCUGGCAAUGGGCUACAGUCCUCGCUCCACUUCCAUUGCAGUGUUUCCUGAGGGAGAGUUGUCGGAGGGAGGUUCAGUCACUCUGACCUGCAGCAGUGAUGCAGCCCCACCUGUUGAAAGCUUCGCAUGGUUUAAAGACAUGGAGAGCGGCAGCAUUCCAGACAGCUUCCGUCCUCAGCUCCACCUGUCCUACCUAAAGCACACAGACAGAGGAGAGUACUACUGCGUCGCACGCAACUCACUGGGAACAGAGCGCUCCGGAUCACUUCUCCUCAACGUCAGCUACUCCCCCAAAAACACACAUGUGUGGACGAGUCCUCAGAGAGACAUCAGAGAGGGCUCGUCUGUAAACCUGAGCUGCAGCAGCCACGCCCACCCGCCUCCCAACAGGUAUGUUUGGUAUCGAAUCAUAGGUGACCAGGUGGUGCCUAAAGGUCACAAUCAGAACCUGACCUUUCCUGCAGUGGGGGCUCAACAUGCGGGUCAGUACUACUGCAUAGCGACAAACCGACUGGGGUCCCAAUCCUCUCUUGUUUCUUCACUAACCGUCCUCUAUCCCCCUAAGAACACCUCAAUUCUGGCGCGUCCGUCCAGCGUGGUGGAUGCCGGCCGACCUCUGACCCUGACCUGCAGCAGUCAGGCCUACCCAGCCGUGGACAACUUCACGUGGCACCGACUCGCUGUGGAUGGUGGCUCUGUACACUCGUGGGUCACCAAGUCUGGGCCCGUCUUCACCUUCUCCGAGGUCGGUCCCGGUGAGAGUGGUCAGUAUUACUGCGAGGCCAGAAACCGGAUCGGAGCCCACAGCUCCCCGGUCCUGACAGUCAGAGUCAGAGGUCGUUUAAAGGCAAUCGCCUUGGCUUCAGCGGUGGGCGUGUCUGCUGGUCUCAUCACGCUGACGGUGGCCGUCAUGAUCAGCAAGAACAUGCACAGAGUAGACACAGAGUCCGUAGACGAUGUAAACAAGCGUCCAGCGGCGACACCCGACACCGUGCGCUGUGAGUCAGCCGAACAAACCCUCCCUGUCAGAAAAGGCGAGAUGUUCGACAUCCCGGAGGAGUCGGAGGAUUUAAGUGACACUUCCCACCCCUCCAUCGUUCCUCUGAUGGACGCUACGCCAAUCAAAGAAGUUUCAGGCCGCGGCUCCGCCUCCAACUUCAUCACUGUGCAUUACUCCAGGAUGUCCAGCCCAGAUCAGGUCCAGGUGCACAACAUGAGAGGAGAGAGGAAACCGAGGGAUUCUUCCAAAGUUGUUUACACUUUACUGCCCCAGCCCAGGCGUGUCUGGAGUGGAAGAUGGGGAGUGACCUAUGAAAACCAGUGUGCUUUAAGAGGGACGUCAGUAGAUUUGAAGUGCAAGUACGACUAUCCUUUCGGGAAUUUGGUCACCAGGGUCGGCUGGUCUAAAGCCCAACUGGGCCCUAACGGAUGGACUCAGGUUCCCCUCUCGCAGCUCCCUUCGCCGCCAAACCGUUUUACAUACGUCGGUGACUACCGCCGCGACUGCGACCUGAGGAUCAAUAAUGUUCAGCCUUCAGAUCAAGGAGCAUAUUAUUUCAACUUUGCCGCGACACUCGGGAGAUGGACAAGUGACACAUACGCUUUCUUGACCGUGACAGAGCUGACCGCGGUGGUGGAGCCGAGCGUUGCCAGGGAGGGGGACGCCGUCAAGCUGACCUGCAAGUCAGGCUGUCCCGAAACCAAGACGAUCAACUGGUUCAAAGAUGGGCGACUUGUUCGGAGGCCACAGUUCCAGGCCAGCAGAGAGGAUGCUGGGAGCUACUACUGCGCCGUCCAGGGAGAGGAGGCGGUCCGCUCGGCCUCAGUUGCUCUGAAUGUUCACUAUGCUCCUUCAGACGUAACGCUGUCAGUGAGUCCAUCUGCAGACAUCGUCAGAGGAAGCCUGGUUACCUUGACCUGCAGCGGCAGGGCCAACCCUCCAGUGGCUCGGAGCGGAUAUCGUCUCUACAAGGACGCAGAGUAUGUGAGUUCGGGGCAGGACCAUGUCAUCUCGGACGUCCAGCCCAGACACAGGGGACGGUACCACUGCCAAGCCUGGAACAACCUCAGCAGGAGUGGCAGCGACCUGAUCAACUCAUCGGCGGUGUACCUCAAUGUCCAGUAUCAGCCGAUGAAUGUUUCAGUUUCAGUGAAUCCAGAGCACAUUGUUGGAGGCAGCGGCGUCAAUCUAACCUGCAUUAGCAAUGCUAACCCUGUGGCAGACAACUACACCUGGUACAAAAGGACAGAACCGACCGGCUCCCAUUCCCUGGUCCAAGUGGGUUCAGGACAAGUGCUGUCCCUUCCCUCCAUGCAGUCGUCCCACAGCGGCCUCUAUGUCUGCUAUGUGAGGAACCGCAUUGGAGAGGGCAACUCAACCGAGGUGGUCCUGGCCAUGGCAGCAGGGCAGCCUGGCAGCCAGUCCCUUCCCCUCUUAGCUGGAAUUGGACUAUUUCUUUUUGCGGCCUUUUUUGCCAUGCUGCUUUUGUUCUGGAGGAAACAGAAGUCUGAGGCGGGUAAAAAAACUCAUUUAGUCUCACGACUCCAUGGAGGAGCAUCAAACACUGCAGAACCGACAGGAACAGUUUAUUCCAACAUUCACAUGCCUCCAUGUCCUCCUCCAGCUUCACGCGGGACAAAUACUCCCAAAUCUUCUGAGGCUGAGAUUAUCUACACCACAGUGACGAUCAAACCCAGAGACCGGAGCGCAGCACAGCACAAAAACUCCCGGUCUAAAGGCGGAGAAGAAGAAAGCUCUGUGAUUUACGCCUCGGUCGUCAAAUCCAGCAGACGAUUCGUCUCCUGACAUCUUCAUUUUAAAAUACAUACUCAACACGUUUUGGGAGAAAGAGACAUUAAAAGCUAAAUAAUUCAGAAUGUUAGUAAAAUAUAGUUUUUAUUUAUUUCUUUUGAUAUUAAAUUUUGCAAUAAAAAAAUUGUUGCUUUUAUUAAAACUCUAAUGUGAUUGUUACAUUUUUUAUGUCGCUUUUGGGCAGCACGACCCACAUAAUGUCUGUA